AUCCAGUCACUUAGUCAGUAUCUAUGACUUCAAGAACGUGUACGUGAUACUCAAUUCCUUUCACUUUUCAAGUGCAAGUUCUUUGUAUACGGCAUAAUAUUUAACUAUAAUUUUUUAUUCAUUAUCAUUUUACCUGUGCAUAUUUUGAAAACUUUUUUUUGAUUUAUAACUAUUACAUUUUUAAUAAUUUUGCUAUUUAAUAAUUUAUAAAAAAAAUUAUAAUAAUUUUAUAUAAUUUUACAAUUAAUACAAUUAUAAUAAUUUUAUUUCAAAAUUUGAUUUAAAAAAUUAUUAAAAUUUAUAAAUAAUAAUAUAAAUUUAUAUUACAUUUAUAAAUUUUUGUUUAAAUUGUUAAUUUUAAUAUUUUAUUAUAACAUUCAUUAUGAAUAGAAUAAUUGUAUUACUACUUGGAAUUCUAAUUGUCGAAUCUGUCACUGAGACUGAGAAGAAAAAAACUGCAAAUGUCAACUUGAUACCUCAUAAUGCCCAAAUAAGAAAUGUAACGGGUAAACUAACUAUUGUUCAAAAUGAUGAUAAUUCUGUUCAUAUUACUGGAAAAAUAAGUGGACUUACAGAAGGGUUACAUGGUUUCCAUGUACAUGAAAAAGGAGAUUUACGAAAUGGUUGCACAUCUACUGGCCCACAUUUUAAUCCUGAGAAUGUUACCCAUGGUGGACAAGAUAGUCCAAUAAGACAUGUUGGCGAUUUAGGUAAUAUUCGAGCAAACGCUAAAGGUGAAGCAGAUGUACACAUCAAAGAUUUCAUUAUUUCUUUGACUGGAAAGAAUAAUAUUCUUGGACGUGCAAUAGUUGUUCAUUCUGAUGAAGAUGAUUUAGGAAAAGGGAACAGUAGUCUUUCUACAACCACUGGAAACUCGGGAGAUCGUUGGGCUUGUGGUAUUAUCGAAGCUAACUAGAUUUCACUGAAUUUGAUUCUUCAUUUGAUUUUAUAUUUAAAAUUUAGAAUUUAGGUUAAAGAUUCUCAAAUAUCUUAUAGUUUUUCAUAAAUAAAAUGAAAUAUAAAAUUUAAAAUAAAAAUAAUAAACUUCUAUAUUUGUUA